AUGACACAAAUAUCACCUUUGCUAGCUGUGCCGCCAGAGAUCCGCGAGCUGAUUUACCGAAUCAUCCUCCAUCCAGAUGCUAGUAGGCAUUACCACGAUGACGAGUACACGUCUUACGACUACACACCAGCACUCGUGCUAUUCCGCAUCAACAAGCAGAUUUACCACGAGUCACGAAAGAUUUUUCGAGAUCUGAACACGUUCAUCCGCAUCGAGACGCCGUGGCCCGAGGCACAGCAGCAUGUAGCAGCAGAGGGCCAUGUUCCGAUGAUAGCAUGCGGCACAAGAGCUGCUCGGUUUGCUGGAUACAGUAUGCGCGUACGAAUCGACGCUCCAGAAGUACCCAUGGAGAUUGGUGACGAGCAGAUGUUCUUGGUGUUGCUGAACGAUCUGACGUCGUUCGCGAAAAUGUGGUACUACAGUAAUCUAUCACACCCUGGUCUCAACCCACAGCUACGAUUGACCUUGGACCUACAUGACCCAUUCACGCCCGAUUACGAAGAGAAGCGCAUGCUCAAGGGUCUCCAGCGCAAGCUCAUCCUCCCCUUCGGCCAGGUGCGUGACCUCCGCGAUAUCAUUGUAACGGGCGACCCCAAACCCUUCCCGUCGAUCGAGGCCGAAAUGCGGGAAGAGCAAGCGAGACCUCAGCUCUCACCUGAACACUGUCUACGAGAAGGCACUCGCCUGAAACAGCUCGGUAACGACGAACUGAAGAAGGGCAACUAUCAAGAGGCACUUCGAAUCUACAACGAAGCUUGGCUAGCUAUUCACGUCGUGAUAGCAGGGCACAAGCGUCAUAUCCAUGCUGACCGGUAUUUCAGCCGAGAGCUACGGGAAGAGCCAUAUAUUGGCAAGAAUGGACAGACUGAGCGUCUCAUUCUUCGGGUGCAGCUUGUGGCGAACACAUGCCAAGUAUUCCUCAAACUUCAUGACUAUGCUGAAUGUGUGUUCUGGGGUAAGCGAACAAUCAACAUGUUGCGCGAAGCGGUGGGUGCAGAUGUCAGGCAGGAUAUAUCACCCGAGGAUGAAGUCAUACGUGGCUUCCCAGCUGCAGACCAGAUGGGUAAAAUCUACUAUCGGACUGCUAUUGCGCUGAAAGAACUGGACAAUAGUGAUGAGGCACGGAGGCUACUAAGAGUGGCAAUACACCGUCAUGCCUGGACUACCCUCGAGAAAGAGCGUCACCUCAACGGCGACGGCGGCCUUCCACACACUUACGAUACAGCUCCGGCUGAGAACAAAGGUAUUCCGGUCUUGAUCUUCGACGCAAGUGGGCCGGGUGGACGAUUACCUGUGGUCGAGCUCGAUGCUCUUGCUAGCUUUGGCAAGUAUCAUGAGCUAUGUACUUUCAUGUUGAGUGGCAUGAACACGCCAGAGAUGGAGAGGCGGUAUACAAUCGUGCCUUCGAAGCUUCUGAACUUUGUGGAGAUGGAUGGGAAAAUGGUGCAAUUUGUGUUCAAGGACUCCAAGAUGUCUCUCGAGGGUCUCAUGGUAGAGAAGGGCCGUGCAUGGGACUGGCUUGCGGUCGGCGGUAUUUGA